AUGAGAUUCACCUAUCUUCCAGCGGCGUUGGCUGUUUUGAAAGCCGUUAAUGCUUCUCCGGUGCCAUUUAUUGAGUGGGUCACUGUGACCAAAUUUAUCACUGAAUCUUAUGGAUAUGAGAAGUAUACUGAGGUUUUUCCACAGACCUCUAUUGAAACUCCAUCUACGACUCCAUCAGCAACAACAACGCCAACCUCUACGAUCCCUGCCACUACUCCUACCACCUCUAGUACUCCAACUACUCCAACUACAACUUCUACUACACCAACUACAACUUCUACUACACCCACUACAACCUCUACUACACCCACUACAACCUCUACUGCUCCAACUAUUACAACUUCCUCAGCUUCUAGCUCACCUACUCCUGCCACCUUCGACAUCUUCAAUGGCCAAGGUACCUACUACGACACCGGACUUGGCGCCUGUGGAAUUGUAAAUGUCGACACCGACUACAUCGUAGCCCUCUCCCACGAAUUGUUUGACCAGUACACCCCCGGUGGAAACCCUAACCGUAACACCUUGUGUGGAAGAAAAAUCAACGCCCAAUACCAAGGGAAGAGCGUUCAAGUGACUGUCACCGACAGAUGUGAGGCAUGCAAAUACUACGACUUGGACUUCUCGCCUUCUGCAUUUUUGCAGCUUGCAGACCAGAGUCUCGGCCGCAUCGACAUUACAUGGGACUGGGCCUAA